AGAUUAACAGCAUAUCUGCACCAAGAGAAGAGCCCUCCAUAUGUCAUCAAUUUGGAUCCUGCUGUUCAUGAGGUUGCCUUUCCUGCGAACAUAGACAUUAGAGAAACUGUCAAUUACAAAGAAGUUAUGAAACAAUACUCGUUAGGGCCGAAUGGUGCAAUUGUCACCUCCCUGAAUCUGUUUUCUAUGAAGUUUGACCAGGUUAUGGAUCACUUGGCUAAGCGGUCUGGGGAAUGCAAAUACAUGAUAAUGGAUACACCUGGACAGAUUGAAGUGUUCACGUGGUCAGCCUCUGGGCAGAUUAUCACUGAAACAUUGGCAUCUGCAUUUCCUACAGUGAUUGUUUAUGUGAUGGACACACCACGUAGUGUCAAUCCAGUCACAUUCAUGUCUAACAUGCUCUAUGCCUGCAGCAUCAUGUACAAGUAUAAACUCCCCUUCAUAGUUGCUAUGAACAAGGUUGAUGUAGUGGAUAACCAGUUUGCAGUGGAUUGGAUGACGGAUUUUGAGAUUUUCCAGCAAGCUCUUGACAGUGAGACAUCUUAUGUGUCCAACCUUACACGCUCAAUGAGUCUAGUUCUAGAUGACUUCUACAGUGAUCUUAAGUCAGUAGGAAUAUCAGCUGUCACAGGAUCUGGCAUUGGCCAAUUUUUCAAGCUCAUUGAUGAAGCAGGUCUGGAAUACCUCAG